GAAACAGGAGGGACACUUUUGAGGGAGUAAUGACGUUUUGUUUUUGUUUAGCACUGGGCAAUUGAAGAACACAAAAAGACUAUAAUUUUACGAAGACGAAGUAUUACGACAGUAUAUCGAUAUAUUUCUAUACAAAAGGACGACGUACGGCUUGAAUUCCCUUCGCAGAUCGUUGCAUAGCCAGCUGUACAUACCAGACAUCCACGUAAUCCUGAGGAAAACUAGCUCUCUCCAUCCUGUAUGAUAAAACACUGACACUCACACGAGACAGUAACUAUGUCAUGGCCCCAUCAAGAAAGAGGUUGUUACCCAAACCACUCCCAGAGGGCUUCCUACUGACCGACAGUGAGAAGAAGACAUGGAGGCUGGGAACGAUCAUUGGUCAAGGUGGCUGUGGACUCAUCUAUCUUGCCUCCCGUGAUGUGGACAGACAUGUUGCAGCAGACACUGAUUUUGUCAUAAAAGUGGAGUACCAGGAGAAUGGCCCCUUGUUCUCAGAGCUCAAGUUCUACCAGAGGGCAGCCAAACCAGAGAGCAUGCAAACAUGGAAGCAGAACAGGAAUCUGGACUUCCUGGGGAUCCCAACGUACUGGGGAUCAGGACUCGCUGAAUACAAUGAACUCAGGUAUCGUUUCAUGGCCAUGGACCGACUGGGCAUUGACCUUCAGAAAGUCUGUGAACGCAGUGGAGGUCGACUGAAGAAGCCCACCGUUCUCCAGCUAGGUCGAAGGCUGGUGGACAUCCUAGAGUAUAUUCAUGAGAACGAGUAUGUGCAUGCAGACAUUAAAGCUGCCAACCUCAUGCUUGGCUGCAGAGACUCUGAGCAGGUGUAUCUAGCAGACUAUGGGCUGUCGUACAGAUACUGUCCUGAUGGAGUCCACAAGGAAUACAAGGAAAACCCCAAGAAGGGCCACAAUGGAACCAUUGAAUACACCAGCCUUGACGCCCACAAAGGACUUGCUCCAUCUAGACGUGGUGACCUCCAGAUUUUGGGUUUUUGUCUUCUUCACUGGUUAUGUGGGUCUCUGCCUUGGGACAAGCUUCUGAAGAACUCCGCUCAGGUCCAGGAGGCCAAGGCCAGACUGAUGGACAAUCUGCCAGACUCAGUCCAACAGCUGUCGGGGAGGGGAGCGAGCACAGAUGAGCUGGAAGCAUUCCUCAGUUAUGUGAGAACUCUGGACUACCAAGAGAAGCCAAACUACCCUCAUCUCAAACUGCUGUUGGCCGCUGUUGACGAGGGAAGACUUGACUUCUCCAUGCCACAAGAACCCAGGGGGGAGUCCACAACCAAGCCCACCGGCGGAAAGAAAGCAGGACGGGUCAGAGGGUCAUCCAAAGCCAAGGCUGUGGAGGAUGUACCAGAGGAGAUCAAGUCUGGACCAGUGCCAGCCCGCUACAUAAGAGGACCCCCCCUCACUAAGCUUCAGUUACAGAGAGAAGGCGGAGCUCUGCCUGCUGUCAGCAGGUCAUUCAGGCCAAGACCUGCAGUGAGUUAUGGAGAAGAUGACAGUGAAGCUGAGGAGGAGGAGGAAGAGGAGGCCAGACCCAGACCCAUCCCUGCAUGCUAUCUGAGAGGCCCUCCAAUCAGCCCCAGAGCUCAGUCUAAACAGAAAGCUCAAACUAAAUGGAGCGGCAAAACAACCGACGCCUUCUCCGUGACCUCAGAGAGAAAGGAACAACGACUCCACUGGCAAAGGAGAAAACACAUAUUGACAAACUGUGACACCAAGGAUCAAACACACAUGGACUUCAGGGAGGAAAUGCUGCUCCCCUCCAAUGAGUAUGUGAACCAGGGGUGGGCAGGUCUGAAGCUGGAGGAGGACUGUGAUUCCCCUCACAUUCACCAGAGAGUGCUCCACCACAGAGCAGGGUACGGCCAUGGACAGUCUUAUGAUCCCAGACGCAGCGCUGGUGAAUGUUCUGCUGAACAGGAAGCUGGUCCCACGCAGAGGACAGGACUGUUCUCCUGGUUUGUCUUUGUGGGGGUCUUCCUUUUCCUGUAUGCUGCUCUUGAUGUUUGCCAAAUUGCAUUUAAACCCUUUUGAAGAAGAAAGCGUUCAGAGAUCUACUAGUUUCAGCACCGUCUGUCAAGCGGUUGCCACUUCUCAGGACUUCUGGGCUGCCAUUCUCACAGUUAUGGGCUGAAAUGGAAGAAGAAGCCUCAGUUUUAUUCUGCUUAUGAAAUGUUAUAGUUAAAUGUGGUGUGGAGGCUUGUGUUGUGAAAAAAUUAAGUGGGCUCUCAUUUCUACCUGUGCUGUAGAUGAAGGACUCCCAAAUACACUCCAAAUAAUUUGCACAAAUAAAACUGUCUUUGAAUAAAUGGCAUGCUGUAUUCACAGGGAUCCAGUAUCACAUGCUUUACUUCCUCCUUCAUCACACAAGGAGCAGCGUCAGAAAAACCUUCUGAAUGCAGCAUAUUGUUGUUAACACACUCGGCAGAGAGAAGGUUACACUAUGUUCCAAGCUAAUUAAGUAUGCUGAAUGUCUAUUGACUUGGCAGUGAAGGCCUUUAUGAAGCACUAUGAAGGCAGCUGUUAGCCUGCUGUGAGCCGCGCUCCUACCUUGCUGCAGUAAGGACACUCUCCAAAAACAAUGUUGAAGCUCUGCCUGCUGGAGGGGAGCGCUCGCAGCCACUGUAUGGAAAAGGACAGAAAGGGAAAAGAAGACCACUUCACCACGUUGUUACUUUGGAUCUGAUGCGUCAGUGUCAAGUGAUAAUCACGCCCGUUCCAAUGUACACUUAUUACUGCACACUUUUCAAGAUUAUCUGACAUGCUGAAGCAUUCAAAGGGCUUUCAUGUGCAACUUUUAGAAUGUCUUCCUGCCUAUGCUUUGUGUCAUUGAAUACGGAGUAUAUAAACAAAG